AUGCGCUUGAGAGAGUGGCCAGAAUUUGUUAGAUUGUUGAAUAAAAAUGAGAAAUGGUCGGGAGCAUUUGCAUUGGGUCCUGUUUAUGCUACUAGUUAUGAGAUUGCAUCAAGAUGGGGUCCGCCGACUGCUCAGCCUCCGGAAUCUGCUAACAAGGUGAUUUCUGCUGAUGCAUUGGUGUCUGGUCUUUUUCUCAAAAGGAACUUUUCCCAGGAAGUGCAUAGUUCUUUGCUCACAUGGAAUCGUAUGAAGCACUUGAUCAACUACUCUCAGGGCUUGCCUAAUGCAGUAGUGGCGGUUAAAGAAGCUCGAGUGGCAUGGGAAAAUCUUAUGGAUUCUUUUGUGAAGGAGCAAAAUGGUGACUUAAAUAACAGCUCAGUUCAGAAAAUGAAGGAGAAACUAUGUCCACAUUUUCUUAAUAAAAUGAAUGCUACAGAAUUUGCUGAUAGUGGUUAUAAACUAAGAAUUCCAUGUGGCCUGAUUCAGGGUUCUUCAAUUACUGUAAUUGGCAUUCCGAAUGGUCUUCUUGGUGAUUUUCGGAUUGAUUUAACUGGGGAGUCUCUCCCAGGAGAGCCAGAUCCUCCUAUAAUUUUGCAUUACAAUGUUCGGCUUCAAGGCGACAAGAUAACUGAUGAUCCUGUAAUUGUCCAAAACACUUGGACUGCGGCUGAUGAAUGGGGUGAAGAGGAGCGGUGCCCCUCGCCAAUUCCUGGUGAUAUUAAGAAAGUGGAUGAGUUGAACCAAUGUAAUGAACUGGUGGGUAACAAUGAUGCCCGGAAGGCUAUGGAAAGUGGAUCUCCAUCCAUUUCUUUACGGUCAUCAGUGGCAAGGAACAGAUCUGGAUCAAGUCAGCAUUUUCCAUUUAAGCAAGGCUAUUUGUCUGUGAUGACACUGAGGGUGGGAGAAGAAGGAAUUCAGAUGACAGUUGAUGGAAAGCACAUAACAUCUUUUGCGUUCCGUGAAAGUUUGGAGCCGUGGCAUGUAAGUGAAGUAAGAAUAUCCGGAGACUUGGAACUAAUUUCUGUCUUGGCAAGUGGCUUGCCCACAUCUGAGGGUUUAGACGAUGUUGUGGAUCUAACAGCACUGAAAUCAGCUCCACUCCAACGCCACCAAUCAUUAGACCUCUUUGUAGGUGUCUUCUCUACAGCCAACAAUUUCAGGCGGAGGAUGGCUGUUCGGAGAGCAUGGAUGCAGUAUCCUAAUGUCAAGAAUGGAACAGUUGCAGUGCGCUUUUUUGUGGGUUUGCAUAAAAACCAGAUGGUGAAUGAGGAACUCUGGAAUGAGGUACAAACCUAUGGAGACAUUCAGCUGAUGCCUUUUGUUGAGUAUUACAGUCUUAUAACCUGGAAGACAAUAGCAAUUUGCAUCUUUGGGACACAAGUUGUUUCAGCCAAAUAUGUCAUGAAGACAGACGACGAUGCAUUUGUUCGUGUGGAUGAGGUUCUAGCUUCUCUAAAUAGAUCAAAUGUGAGCCAUGGCUUGCUAUAUGGCCUCAUCAACACUGAUGCUCACCCGCAUAGGAGUACUGACAGUAAAUGGUAUAUCAGCCCUGAGGAAUGGCCUGAAUCUACUUACCCUCCGUGGGCACAUGGCCCUGGUUAUGUGGUGUCACAUGAUAUUGCACGGGCAAUUGCUAAGAGAAACAAAGGUCGUUUGAAGAUGUUCAAGUUGGAGGAUGUGGCAAUGGGGAUCUGGAUAGCAGAGUUGAAGAAAGAUGGUUUGGAAGUAACUUAUAUAAACGAACAGCGGGUUUACAAUGAAGGGUGCCAGGAUGGAUAUGUUGUUGCCCAUUACCAAAGCCCCAGGGAGAUGCUCUGCCUCUGGCAGAAGUUGCAAGAGGGAAAUGCGGCCAACUGUUGCGUGGAUCAAUAAGCUAGUAGUGCUAUAGACUUAUUAAAUUUGGCAUCAGAAUGAUAUUUAACACACAAGUUCUUGACUAAAUUUAUCGAUGAACCGCAACAUACAGAAUUAAUCCUACUAAGCAAUUUGAUCAAGAGAAGCCGUUAGAGAUUCAACAGAUAAAUUUAUGUUUGGUUUUUGACAUAAUUACAGGUAGGCAGGUGGUAAGUACUGAGUUCUAAUAUUUUGAGGGAUUUAUACCAUUUGUUUUAUGAUGAAGCAGAUCAGCAAUCGUUUGUAUAGAGAAAUGAUAGUAUUACAUUCUAGCAUUCUUCUUUUUCUUUAA